GCGGGUGGUACAGCCUGAAGGAACCCUCAACGGAGGCGGCCCGGGACCCUGGACCCUUCCCACGCCCAGGUUUUCCCUGGGCCUGAAGCCAGAAAACCCCACCCCAAGAAGCAGAGGAGCCCUCUCCUCCCAUUUGAAUGAGAGGGGGCUCUGGAGGAAGCCAUCCCAGAAGCUCACUAGAACCCCACAGGGGAAGUGGUUCAGGCACCUGGCUCAUCUGCGGUUCCUCCUUGCUCGCAGAGGAAAGAAGGAAAGAGCAAAACACCCCCCACCCCAGGAUGACACUAAACACCCAGCAGGAAGCAAAGACCCCCCUGCGUCGUCGAGCCAGCACUCCGCUGCCCCUGUCCCCCCGGGGCCACCGGCCCAGCCUCCUGUGCACAGAGCCCUCCACGGAAUCCCAGCAUCCCCGGUUGGGCCAAUCAGCCUCCCUCAACCCUCCUGCUCAGACCCCUUCACCCGCCCCCAAUGGUUGGUCCUCUGAAUCCAGUGACUCUGAAGGCUCCUGGGAGGCCCUCUACCGAGUGGUGCUGCUUGGAGAUCCUGGUGUAGGGAAGACCAGCCUGGCCAGCCUCUUUGCAGGGAAGCAAGAGCGGGACCUCCAUGAACAGCUGGGAGAAGAUGUAUACGAGAGGACCCUCACAGUGGAUGGGGAGGACACCACGCUGGUGGUCGUGGACACCUGGGAGGCUGAGAAACUGGAUGAAAGCUGGAGCCAGGAGUUGUGCCUGCAGGUGGGCAGCGCCUACAUCAUCGUGUACUCCAUCGCAGACCGAGGCAGCUUCGAGAGCGCCUCUGAGCUCCGCAUUCAGCUGCGGCGCACACAUCAGGCUGACCACGUGCCCAUCAUCCUUGUGGGCAACAAAGCAGACCUGGUGCGCUGCCGGGAAGUCUCCGUGGAAGAGGGCCGCGCCUGCGCUGUGGUGUUCGACUGCAAAUUCAUCGAGACGUCAGCCACGCUGCAGCACAACGUGGCCGAGCUCUUCGAGGGCGUGGUGCGCCAACUGCGCUUGCGCCGCCGGGACAGCGCUGCCCAGGAGCCAUCGGCACCCCGACGACGGGCUAGCCUCGGUCAGCGCGCUCGCCGCUUCCUGGCACGACUAACAGCCCGCAGCGCCCGCCGCCGGGCACUCAAGGCCCGCUCCAAGUCCUGCCACAACCUGGCUGUGCUCUGAGGCCGCC